UCAGCGAGGGGUUUUGAUUGGGUCAUGGUUUUAUCGGAUAUCAAGCUACUCUGGUUUACAUGGACUUCGUGCUGGCAGAAUUGUGCUAAAAUCCUGUUGUUGAUUCUUUCAUUCGCCAGGGUAUGUGACCAAUAAUUGUGCCCCUGCUAUUGUAUCAUUGUUCUGAGCUUUCUACAUCAUGUCCUGUUGAAAAAGUAUAUGUCAUUUAAACAUGUACUCCAACGAUAUUUUUCUUCAUGGUCAGAAACGAUGUCAAUUAUAGUAUCAUCUCGUUGUUAACUUACUCUACAAAUAACGAAAACGAAAACAGAACUGUGUCAAGAACAUCUUUCAUAACCGCGUCUGAGAACAAUUAUGUUUCCUCAACACUUAGGAAACUAAAGAGGACGAGAAGUACUAUAUACUAAUAAUGAAAACGAUUCAAAGUUUUCAGAAUGGAAAUGAAAUAAACCUUUGUGUUGUGAUAUAGCCAUCUUAGAGUGCGGAAAGAUGAAGUUUGAUAUAUUUUACGUGUUUUAUAUUCAGAUUGGAAAUAUCAUUUAUGCACAGUCUUACGCCUGUGAGAAAGGAUUCUACGGCCCUAACUGUACUCGUGGCUGUGGACAUUGUAAAGGGAAGGCUAAAUGUGAUCACGUGAAUGGUUCUUGUCCUUCACGAAAGUGUAAACCAGGAUGGAAGCAGACAUCAGAUCGGAAAUGUGAUCAAGCCUGUGAGAAAGGAUUCUACGGCCCUAACUGUACCCAUGACUGUGGACAUUGUAAAGUGAAGGCUAAAUGUGAUCACGUGAAUGGUUCCUGUCCGUCAUGAGAGUGUAAACCUGGAUGGAAGCAGACAUCAGAUCGGAAAU